GGAAAACUUUUUAAGAGAAAAACUAAUAGAUAAUCUCUCAAUUCAUCCCCCGUCUUACGUUCUCCUUCGUUGAUCACCCCCAGUCGUCAUCCAUCAUCGUCUUCUACUUACCAGCAGUCCUCGUCGUCACCAACUCACCGCCGGACUCCCGUCGUCGUUGUCGCAUCCAACGCCGAUGACCACCUUGGACGAAGCCACAACCUGAGUUGGGAUAUGCCGGUGACCAACUUGGACAAAGCAAUCAGUUUUGCUAUCGGAUAUGGAUUUAGCUUCAUUCAUCUACUCUCAAUUCUUCUACAUCGACAUAUUCGAAGAUGAUUAUUUAAAGAAGCUUGAAGAAAGAGAAAUUGGCAUAUGUUUUAUCAUUGACCAAAGUCCUAAUUCUGGUGAUAGCUUGGAUUGCAAUAUUGAUGAAGAAAAUCGCACAACAAAAUAUUUAUUGAUUCUUGUACUUUUGGGAUGCAAGUGGCUUACUUUUUUUAUAAAGACUUAUAAUCAUGAAGAUACAUGA